AUGAUGGCUUGUUCAAACGGGAUUAUUCUUGCUUUACUUCAAAUAUUAAAUAAUACUGAUGAGAAUUCAAAUAAACUCGAAGAAAACGUUUUAAUUGAUAUUUUUUUCUUAUUAGAAAAUUUAUCUCGAUUUUCAAUAAGUCCACAAGAAAUUCGAUAUACAUGCCAAUUAUUUCAUCGAAAUUCAUUAUUUAAAAAACAAUUAUUAGAAUUUUUAAUAAAAUCAGCUAAACAUGAUGAUCCAGAUGUACAAUGUACUUCAUCUUAUUUCGAUUUACAACAAGGAAAUAGUGGAAUUAUUUUGCCUACUAUUCGUCGAUGGUCAUCAUUAUCAACAGCUCAUCAUUUUUCAUUUCAUUGUUCAUCACUAUUCGUAUCGAUAAGCGAUCACCGUGAACUUGUUUAUAUUGAGUUAAAUGAUUGUAAUGAUUUAAUUGAUGGUUGUUGGCAUUCGCUAACAAUUGUUCAUAAAGCACAACGACCAUCUUUAUUUGGUUCAGCAUUUCAAACAGCUCAACUAUGUCAUUUAACUAUUUAUAUUGAUGGUUUAAUAAGAAAAGAAAUCAAGGAUUUUAAAUAUAUAUCAUUUCCAAAUGAUUCAAUUAAUUUAGCCUCAAUUGGUUCACCGAGUCAACGUCCAAAAUCAUCAGUAUUAAAAAUGAAGACUAAAUCGUUAUCAACAACAAUCGCCAAAUCAAUACAACCGUUAAAAAGAUUACUUUCAUCGAAAACGAAAAAUUCAGUUUUUAAUUAUCCUUUAAACUUAUCUUAUUUUUCUCAAUUUUGA